AAAACGCCAGACGCGCCUCAAUCACACAAUUACCAGCAGAGCCCGUUCGGCAGUUCCAACCCCGUUCCAAACGCCGCUUGUGUGAAGUUAAACCAUCAUGGUAGGCUUUAAGAAUCGGUACAUGGUGAUGGAAGUGUUUCUCGAUCCCAGUAAAGAUCUUGGCAUGGAUGAACCUGUUAUAAUCACUCAAUUCAAUUUAUCAAAAGCAAUCAAAGACAGCAUUCUCACCAACUUUGGGGAAUGUGGGCUGGCCUCAUCUCUUAAUUCAUUUCAAGUGAAGUAUGUGAAUCCAAUUACGAAAGUUUGCAUCAUUAGAGUUUCAAGGGAGGAGUACCAAAGAGUUUGGGCUGCGAUCACCAUGGUUAGAAGUGUAGGAAACUGUCCUGUGGUUUUCAACCUACUUGAUUUGAGUGGAAGUAUCAAGGCCUGCAAAAAUGCUGCUUUGAAGUGCGAUGAAUUGAAAUUUGAACAGUACAAAUUGCUGGUUGGAGACCGCCUUACACCUGAUUGCCAGCUACGCAUGCAAAACUACCUUGAGAAGAUCAAACUCUUGGAGCAUUGAUGGUGGUCGAUAUUUUUCUAUUUGGUGUAGAUGAUUGAUAAGCCCAGCAUAUGAAGUAGACGAUGAUAGGAUCAACUGGACACCAGUAGAGAACAAAAAGAAGCUAAAUUUUUUGUUCAUUGAACGCUCAAGUCCUGUUAAGUACAUUGUCCCAAACAUGAACUGAGGUUUAUGUCUGUUUUGACUCAUCCGUUUUUGCCAGGAGUUAUCAACCGAAUAUGGCCAUAUCUAUUGCAACUUGUAAUUAAGAAUGCAGGAGAUAAAGGAAUGGAUGCACAAGUUGAAAAUUUGUGUGAUAUCAAAGGCAUCGACUCCACUGUGAAACUUCAGCGGCACGAUUAGUUUUCUGGACCUAACAUAUUAAGAAGUACUAAACGUGGCGUGGAAAGACUUGGUACUUGGAGUGAUCCUAAUAUAGCUAGCAAUUAACACACAAUUGGGAACAACAUUUCAGCUACCAUUAUUAUAGCACAUUUGAUCCUGUUUAAAAGGAUUAUUUUAGAUGUUCUUUCAUGCAGUCAGUGGAUGCGUUUAGCUCAAGAAAAGCUGAACAAAAAUAUUUUAUGUUCAAACAUGGUAUGUAUAUGGACAUCCAAAUAUUCAAUAGAACUUGAAACCUUAUUGUA